AUGGACUCCCCUUCCGACAAGGGGCUACAAUGCUAUUCGGUGUCCCGGCGGGGAACUGAAUUUGGCUCUACAGCAGCACAGAUGAGCGCAUCCGUAAAUAUGUGGCUGUGCCGGGCGAAGUUGCCGCCACUGCCUCCGCCGGCUUCGAGAGCUUUCGUGGACAAAGCCCGUGUGGAGUUCAUGCACGAAAACAAUGCCUACAUUCAGGCGGCCAUCUUCCGCUUGGCUGCCGCUUGUGUUAUAAAAACCAUCACGAUGCCUCAAUUACUCGAUUUGCCAAAUGAGCUCCUUCGUACCGUAGCGGAUGAGCUUACCUACCUCCCCCGCGACUACCCACAUCGACGAUUCCAACACCCUAUUGCCGCUUUUCGCCUCACCAAUCGCCGCCUGGCGGAAGUUGGAAAGUCCGUCUUCCGAAACUUUUCAGCGGUUCGCGAGUGCCCGCCUGUACUGGGGUGGUGGCCUUUCUACAACCUCGCGCGGCGCCCUUUCUACAACUUCACCGUGCGGAAAUAUCUUUGGCUUCUUCCACAGCAGCCGGAGUUCCCUAUGAGACAUUCCCUUGAAGAUAUCGAAUUUCUGGACGAGAUCACCAAAGAUCUUCCCCAGAACCAUUGCCUGAAGUAUGUCCGCCGUAUAGAAAUUCCGCCCGUCAUCAGGGAGUACGAGAGUUAUACGCACGGCGGAUGUCAAAGCGUUGUGAAAUUUCAGUUUCUCCAGGCUGAAGCAUUCCUGGAAGAACCGACCUCGGCGCUGUUGCUGCGACAGCUCCCAUGGCUGAGAUCUCUCACCAUCACGGGAGUGCAUAUCGAGUCCCUGAUGAGGGCUGGCCCGCACUGGGACGGCUCCUACCACUGGGGCCGCGACAAGGGUUGGGACUGCAACUAUCUCACACUGCUACUCCUGGCAGCUCCAAAGCUGCGGAACCUCGUCGCGGGAGGUUUUCUAUUGCCCCGGUAUCCGGCGUCGGCAUCCAGUCCCGAGACCCACAAGCUGCUUGAGGACCUCCGGCUCUAUUCCUCCCACGGGUAUCAAUACCGCCCGGCCGACGCCGUCAAGAUCCGGGACUCCAUCGGCGAGUUUCCGGCGCUGCGGAUAUUCACGACUGAUUAUCGCGUCUUGCGGCCGGGCUCCGAUGGCUUGCUUGGCGUGCAGGCCUGGAAGGAUGUGUUCAACGGCGAAUUGCGGCAUAUUGAGAGGCCGCGAUCGAAGGCGCACAGGAAGAAGGCGUAUGACGAUAGAAUGCGCAGGCGUUGGCAGGAGGCGGUAGAUAGGUUUAAUGCUUGAAAAUGUUUUUGUUAGAGGGGGAGCAAGAGUUCGCGUCUAUCAGUUUAUCUCUUUCGUAUGUAGCAGUGUAUU